ACCAUUAAUUAUUUUCCUCUAUAAAAAAAAUCUUCAAACUUAUUCAAUUUCAAGAAGAAGAAGAAAAAUUACUAGCAAGUGAUCAUCAUGGGGAGAGGUAAAAUAGAGAUAAAGAGAAUAGAAAACACAAACAACAGGCAAGUAACUUAUUCAAAAAGAAGAAAUGGUAUAAUCAAGAAAGCUAAAGAAAUUACUGUUCUUUGUGAAGCUAAGGUUUCACUUAUAAUCUUUGCUAGUUCUGGCAAGAUGCAUGAAUAUUGUAGCCCUUCUACUACGAUAAGUGAUAUGUUGGAUGGUUAUCAAAAAGCUUCUGGGAGGAGACUAUGGGAUGCUAAGCAUGAGAAUUUGAGUAAUGAAAUUGAUAGAAUCAAGAAAGAGAAUGACAGUAUGCAGGUUAAGCUCAGGCACCUCAAAGGAGAAGAUAUCAAUCAACUUACCCAUAAAGAGCUUAUAAUUAUGGAAGAAGCCUUACAAAAUGGACUUUCUAGUAUCAGUGCCAAGCAGUCUGAAAUCUUGAGGAUGGUCAGGAAAAAUGAUCAAAUUCUGGAGGAGGAAAAUAAGCAACUUCAAUAUGCUUUGCACCAAAAGGAGAUGGGAGCCAUUGGUGGAAGUGGAAAUAUGAGAGGAAUUCAUGAAGAAGUGUAUCAUCAAAGAGAAAGGGAUUAUGAGUACCAAAUGCCAUUUGGCCUACGAGUUCAGCCAAUGCAGCCAAAUCUACAUGAAAGAAUGUAAAAUUAUAUUAACUCCCACUUUAAAUUAAGAUCUCUAAUAAUUUUAAUUUGGGUUUCUACUAUAGCUAGAAACACUAAUUAAUCAAUUCUAGUUAUAUGUAAUGAGUAUUAGCUAAGACUUUGUUUCAUGUUGAAAUUAUUACCUAAUAGUUGGACUGACUUAAUUUUAUGGGCUCUUCCCAUGGUUUUAAUUAAGUACUGAAAUGUAGUGACAUAUUUAUAUGAAUUGUUCUACUUACC